CUCCGUGAGUGGCGGUUUAGCGGGAAAGCGGUAAAUACGGAUCCGGGAUCCGGUUCCAGGGCCCGGCGGGAGCAGGAUGACGGCUGCGGGGGGCAUAGGCUGGUUCGCGGCCGUGUCUCUUCUACUUUACCUGGCAGAGCGCGCAGCGGAAUGUGCUGUGGUUGUGCACUACUUCUUCACCGCACAGUUCCUCUGGGCAGGAUGGACACUUGGACUGUUCCUCCCUGGAUGUCUUAUCCAAGUGAUCAGUUUUGUCUGGUACCGAGCUGAUGGCCAUCAACAAUGCUUCACCCUGAGUCUCGCUCACAUCUUUCAGCUUGGGAUCCUCAAACGACACGUGGAUUCACUUCGUCUUGCUCUAAGGAGAAAAGGCAAGAGCGCAAAUGAGGAGCAGGAGCUGGUGAUGAAGCAGGGAGACCUUUCCCUUCUCCGGCUGAUAGAAGUCCUACUACAGGCCCUGCCCCAGCUUCUACUACAGACGUAUAUAUACAUGACCCUGGACUAUGUUGAUGUCUAUGCAGUUAGCAGUGCCCUGCUGUGUCUCCUAUCUCUCUCCUGGGCGUUGGUCUCCUUCAGUCACUUCCUAUGUCUCCUGAGGCCUGGGCAUCUCUGUUUACCAUGGGCAUCUGUGCUGUGCCAGCUACUGUGGAGGAUGGGUAUGAUCGGCACCCGGGUGAUGGCCCUGAUUGUCUUUGCUAGAGUAUAUCACUUCUGGGUGUUUGCUGUAGGAGGCGCUCACUGGCUGGUGAUGUCCUUCUGGCUGGUGGCUCAGCAGACCGAUGUCAUUUCCACACCUUGUUACUGGAGACUGUUCAAUAUCCUCCUCGGUGCGGUUUACAUCUUCUGCUUUAUUAACGUCAGGGACGGACCUUCCCGGUAUCGUGUUGCCAUCUUUUACGUGAUCAUGUUAUUAGAAAACUGCAUUCUGCUGCUGCUGGCCACAGACUUCCUGCAGGGGGCGGUGUGGAGCAACGUCAAACUGUCCGUGGCCAUCCUGUCAGGAUUUCUCAUUGGCUGUGCUGCGUUAAUUAUAUAUUACACCCUCCUGCACCCCAAAUCAACAGAAAUCUCCCAGAGCUUCAAAAAAACUGGAUCGGGCCAUCAUGGUAGGGAGGAUGAGUCUGCUUACUCCUUCAAAUGGUGGAAUAAAUCUUCUCGGAAAGAGAAUGCAUUUCCAAGAGAAAAUUUAAGUCCAAAGACUACAGACCAGGAAAUGGUUGAACAGGAAGAUCUUCCCUGGAGGAAGGUUGCUGAAAAGCACCAUCGAUUCCUGCUUCUGAAGCUGGCCAUGAAAACUGGAAACCUUUCAAAAAUCAACGCUGCCUUUGGUGAUGGUGGCAUUGGAGACCUCUUCUGUCUUGAAGGUGGAGCAGAUACCCAAAAACCUCUGGUCAAGAAUAAUAGUGUAUCAGAAGAUCAUGGUAGAGGCAGCUCCUUGAUGUCUGAAUCAUGGUCUUUGGGGAAAACACCAGUGAACACUGGUCAAGGACACAAGUAUGGUCCACAAGAAUCGUCUACGUAUGCAAGUCUUCAAAACUCUGUAGUGAAAGAUGGCAUGGUUGAUAAUGUACCUCCUAGUGGUUGCACUGGGAAGGUGGCUACCGCUUGCUCUCCAAGCAACGGGAUGAUUGGGAGUGGCACACUGUACUUCAGUGCCCACACAGAUGGCAUUAUACCAUCUGGCAAUGGGACAGUAUGCAUUGUAGAGGUUCCCAAGAAAGCAGCAAUUGAAAGCCCUAUAAAAGAACUUGAACCAGAAGAAAACCAGGAUCUCCCGGUUAUGUGCGUCAGCCCUAUUCUUGGUCAGGCUAUCAACAGUAAUUUCCACAGAAGCAUUGCAGAAGACGUGGGAAGUCUUUGUGAAGAGUCCGACAUAACCAAUGAUGACUCUGGAAUUACAGAGACUCCAGAGACAAGAGGUUACCACUUAUUAUCUACAGGGGUUCUGCCUCCUUCUGUGAAGGGAAGACUUAUCCAAGAACAACAACCUUGCUUCACAUCAACUCCGAAACCUCAAGCCACAGCUGUAGAUGUAGGACCACGUGAGGAGACAAAAGCUAAGAGAAGGCUCGAAAACUUGAUAUCAAGAACUUAGGUCCUAUGGAAUAGUUCUGGAGAUAUUAUAGGUCACUUGGCAUGACUCAAUUUCAGGAUCAAUUAUCCUUCUUAAUGGUUCUUGAUGGUGGAUCCCAUUGCUCCCAUACUGGCACCAGUGUUGAAACUAAGGUGGACGGUUGUAGACUGUACAUGCCACGGUGUGCAGUAAAUUUACCAAGCUCAGUAUUUGAACAUUCUUCCUUGCUUAUGAGGUAUAGCCCAGGCAGUCUAGGUUGGUUCCUCUCCUUGAUCUAUAGAACCAUCACCGAGCAUGCCCUUAACAGAAGUUCUUAUAUCAUGACAAGAGAAUGUAUGGACGUUUUGAGGUCCGUUGGGAUACGCAGGUCUGUCAAUAUCCUAGGUUUUAGUGUGCUGCUUUUCUGGUAAUAUUUAGAUUCCUUCUAGAUGUUGGGAUGUUAAAAGGAACUUCAUGUCAAGUCCCCUUUUUACAGCCCAAGGUUGAUGCUUCCGUGGUAAACUAGCAACUGCCCUUCAAUAGCUGAUUGACCCUGAAACAUUAGACUAGGGUACUCUGAGAGUACCCACUGCACAGUCUCUUGAGUUUGUAGGGGGCGUUGAGCCAGGCUGUGAACAAAUAAUACCUUCUAUUAUGGGUAUCACCAAGAGCCGCCUGGAAGAUACUGAUUGGAGGUGAGCCUGUCUACCAGUGCAGGCCCUCCAGCCAGAUGGUAGAAGUGGCCUACUGAACUCUGGUUUGGGCUGUAGGCAGCAUGUGCUAUUGGUGCUCCCUAGUAGAGAAACUACAGGAAAUAUGUCAAAUGGACCUGUUAAGAUCAUUUAACAUAGUCACCAUUAUUUCUGUCACUCUGUUCCCAUGAAUGCAAGUGUAAGGGGUUUUCUGUGACCAUAUAUUGAUGACUUAUCCUUGCGAUAGGUCAUCAAUAUCUGAUCAGUGGGGGUCCAACUCUUGGGACUACCAAGAAUAUCUGCCCUCCUCCUCACAGUUUACCAAGCACAGCGCCACGCAUUGAAUAGUGGCUGUACUUGGUAUUGCAGCCCAGCCCCAGGCCAUGUGACUGAUGAUCAUGAUGUCACUGGCCUAGUAAAGGCCUAAACGCUCACAAGUGCGCUGUGGCCUCCUCAAAUAACUAAUUGUGGGAGUGCCGGAGUCUGACCUACUGUAUACUGAGUAUAGGUCGCCAAUAUAUGAGUCCCGGAAAACCCCUUAAACCAUCUGCUCUGAACACAGAAGGUCUCAUCAACAACUACUGCUGCAUGUUAUAACUCCUUCUGACACCACUUUCUGUUCUGCCACCAUUGGUUGCAGCCCCAUUCUGACUUAUUUUUCGGCCUACCCUCUCCAUGGACUUUGCUCAUAAAAACGGUAAUAAUGGGAGUUCUCUGCUUCAUUUUAACUGCUUUUUCUUGCAUUUUUUGGACCAGAACAAAUUAUAUAUUCUGUGCAGAGUGCAAGGAGGAGAUAGGCAGAGCAGGAAGUGUGCGAAGUGCA